AUGGCCGAGCCCGUGGGCAUGAGCAAGAUGGGCAGCUACUGCUGCGUCUGCGCCGACGCUGGCGCGAGUCGCCCGCCAGCGCUCGAGGCCGCGCCGCCGACGCUCCUCCGCAUCCUCGACGCGUCGCUCCUCGGCGACGAGGCGUCGACCAUCCCGCGCGAGCUCGCCUUCUCGGGCGUCUUUCCCGUCGGGUUUCGCGCAGCGCACCUCUUCGCCGCCGUCUCGUCGCCCGUCGAGCAAGUCGUGCGCGACGGCUACAACACGAGUGUGCUCUGCUACGGCCGCGCCGAGGCCAAGCGCGCGCUCACGCUCGGCGCCUGCGACAUUGCACCCGAGGCCAUCAAGUCGAUCGAGUCGGCGCUCACUGCGUACGGCCAGAUCGGCGGCAUCCUCUUCCAGCUCUUAACCGAGGUGGACGCUACCGUGUACCGCGUUGGCUUGAGCUGCUGGAGCAUCGCCGCCGAGACGGUCAUCGACCAUUUGAAAGACCUCGUGGGCACGGACGCACCGCCCGACGGCCCGAUUCAGUUUACGACCAUGCAAGUAAGCAGCGUGGCACAGGCCCUCGCGCUGCUACGCACGUCUUUUGGUCCGCGCGCCAACCAUCGCCUCGAGGACGACACACAUGUCUUCGUGCGUCUUGCUGUCUACAAUGCGGCGGGCCAAGAGCUCAGCCUCCUCCACUACGUCGACCUCGGGCGCCAGCUCGCGGCCAAGGAGCAGGCCGAGUUCCUCACGCUAUUUGACGACCUCGUUGAUUUUGAAACCAGCGUUGAGGCGCCAUCCCAACCGGCAGUAGUGCCUCGGAGCUGUACGUUGACGCAGUUCGUGGCGCCGCUGCUGGCGGGCAACUCCAAGACGUUCCUCGUCGACUUCGUCCCACGGCACGGAGUGCGCGAGAGCCUCGAGUGGCUCUGGGUCAUGUCGGGCGUCCGCCUCAUAACGUCGGCGUGCGUCAAGCUCACCCAGAUUGCACCCGAGAUGGUCGAGUUUCAGCCGUUUGUCGCACCGCACCCGACGCCACCGAAAGCGAGCUUGAACAAGCGGCUCUUUGGAGACUCCAGCAGCGCCGACGGGGCCAUGGACUGGCUCGACAAGUUCACCCACCGGAAAAGCCAGAUCCUCGGGCAGCUCGAUAGCGAGCCACGGACCGAACCCGACCGGAAGCCCUCGGCGAUGACUCCUGCGGGCCUCGGGCGUCCAUCGGUGGCCGAGCCGCCGACCGUCAAAAGUCCGUUGCGAGACGCGAUGGUGGUGACCCCGCUUUCCGUCACACCGCUUUCGCCGAUUCGCGAGGCGAAUCCAAGUCGAUUUGAAGAGUUGCUGCGCGAUGCGCACCUGCCAUCCAUUGCGCCGCCCGCGCCGGAUGUCGAGGGGCUCGAUGCGAAAAGUGCACUGACCGUGCAGCGCACCGAGGCACUCUUACUUCGCUCCAACUACGACCAGCUCCUCCGCUUCGUCAAGGACCAGUACCACCACAACGAGCAGCUCCAGCUCAACGUCGACGACGCUCACUUUCAGCUCUCGGAAAUGCAAACGACUUUUGACGUGCAAACGCAGGAUCUCAAGCUCGCCAACGUCGAGCUUCGAAGCAAAGUCCGCAUGCUCGAGCAGUCGUCGGGCCUGCAGUCGCUCUUCGACAAGUACGACGCCGAGAUGACGGCGCUGCUGAGAGAACUCGAGGAGCUCCGCGCCCGCAACCUUGAGCUCGAACUCAAGCUGGCGCACAACGCCAGCGUCGACUUGCGCAAUCGGUACCGAGAAGUCGUCAAAGAGAACGUGGCGCUGCACGAAGAAGUGCUCCAUUUGCGCAAGAAGGAGCGCCAUUUCCUCUCGUCCAAACGCCUCAUCGACGACUCGUCCAGGAAGAUCGACAAGCUCUCCAAACUGGUGCACACGAAGGAGGAUAUGUUGCUGGAAGCCCGCUUGGGCGAGGCGCGCCUGAGUGCCCAAGUCGAUAAGCAGCAACUCAAGAGCUCGGAGCUCCAGCAGCAGCAGUCGAUGCUGCUCCAGGAGAACGAAAAGGCCGCCGAAGAGCUCGUGGCCGUCAAAAUGUACCUCGCAAGCGUCAAGAAUGAACAACGCAAAGCGGACAUGCUCGACUCGUUUGUCCAAAAGCACGGCGCGAACCUCCUCUCCACCGAGUCGAACCGACAAUUCUCGGACGGCAGCCCGAUCGUUCUGGACGAGACCUUGCGCAAACUGCUGGCAGCGAUCAAGCGCGCGUUGCCGCAGCUCGUCCCAUCGCUCAACAAGCUCAUUCAGCGCCUCCACGAGCAAGAAGUGGCACUGCUCGAGUACUCGAGCCGCGAAAUGGACCUGAUCAACCUCCUCGUGGAGCUCGCGUCCGACCAGCAAGCGCUCGCAUCCGACGUGGCCCUACCCAAACCUCCUCCUGUAUCCAUCAAGAAGAAGAAGAAGGCACCGCCGUUUACGUACACGUAG